AUGUCCGAUAAUAACUCUCACCUCUACAAAAUUGAACUCCUUGACUCGACAAACUGGCUGGCCUGGAAGAAGAAAACCGAAGCCGUCCUCCGUAGGCGCAAACUAAUCCAAUAUAUUGAUGGAACAAGAACGCGACCAGUGCCAGCGAAAGUAAACGAGCCUGACGAAACUGAAAAGGGCCUGAUCGAGGCUUGGGAGGAGAAGGAUCAAGAGGCACAGGAUCAAAUAUUGCUUACCUUAGGACAAGACGAAAUGGUCCAUGUAGACCGCGCUACCACUGCCAAAGAAAUGUGGGAUGCACUCAUUAUGGUGAAAGAGACGGGUGGAAAGGGGACGAUCAUCGAUGACCUGCGGGAACUCUUUAGGACGACUGCGGACGACGACACCAAUAUCGACGAACACCUUACAGAUAUCAGAAGACUUCAGUCUCAGCUCAGAAGACAAAAUGCCGACAUACCUGAUUGGAUCUAUACCGCCAUCAUGCUCACCUCCCUGCCUAUCUCCUGGGAUGCCUUUGCCACGGCCUAUAUCGGUCGAUCUGCAGGAGGAGCAUUCGACGUCAACUCCACACAGAUGGAAUCGCUCGUUCGGAACGAAUGGAGACGCAGGAAUAAGGACAAAACUGGAGGACAAGUGAUGUUAGCAGGAGGAUCUCAAGGAAAUCGAAAGGGAAUUAGGAAUCGAAGCAACGUACAGUGUUUUAACUGCAAGAGAACAGGCCAUACAAAAGAACAAUGCUGGAGAGCUGGUGGCGGAGCCGCUGGUCAAGGCCCUAAGCAAAAGAAUAGACAGCAAGGGAAGGAACAAGCUCACCAAGCAGCCGAGGAUUCAAGCGACAGCCCCUUCGACAUGGUAUUCAACAUCUUUUCUCAUUCAGAGGAAGAUUCUGUUGAGACAGCAGCCACAGCAGGAGCCGGCCGAAAGUCCCCCUUCACACGGAAGGACUGGGUCAUGGACUCCGGAACAACCUCCCAUAUAGCCACUGAACGCGAAAUGUUCAGAGAGUACAAAGAGCAUAAAGAAGAACUCAAGGUACCUGGCGGAAAGAAG